GAACACCAUUAUGAAUGCGGCGGACGAUGAGAACAUCACCAAUUAUGAUACAAUGAAUUCUUCGUCAUUUUUGGAGCUUCUGAACGCCACUUCACCGCCGCCAAUAUGGACAUUGAACAGCAAUUUAUCCACCACAAUGUCAACGGUACAUCAGGAGGAAAUAUGCCGGUUUCGUGGUACAACAGAAAAUUACACAAUCGCCGUGACGUUUUUCAUGAUUUUUUUGCUAUCAGUCGUCGGAAAUUCGGUGGUUUUGAUAGUGAUUAUUAAGCAACGUGCAAUGCGAUCAAUAACCAAUAUAUAUUUAAUGAAUCUGGCGGCAUCGGAUAUGAUGUUAUCAGUGGUUUGUAUGCCGCCGACACUUGUCUCCAUGGUUAUGAAUUGUUGGAUGUUCGGCAAUUAUAUGUGCAAAAUUUUGGCUUAUUUGCAACCCGUAGUAGUCACUGCUUCAGCGUACACCCUAGCAGUAAUCGCAUUCGAGAGGUACUUUGCAAUUUGCAAGCCGCUUCACUCAAGGAUUUGGCAAACCAGAUCCCACGCCUACGCAAUGAUCACACUUGUGUGGGUGAUCGCCAUUGCCGCCAAUAUUCUGAUGCUUUUUAUGUACGAACAACAAACGUAUAGCUCGAAUGGAUACACGUGUGCUCCAAUUCAUCCGCCGAUUUAUCAUUUUGCUUAUCAGGUAUACAUGACCGUCGUCCUACUUGUAAUCCCGCUAGUUGUGAUGGCGGGUUUGUACGGCAACGUCAUUACCUCCCUAAAAUCCGGCAUCAAACUGGAAAUCGCCUCUGUGGAUCCGCCGCUCGCCACCGCCACAACCACAGGUGCUAAAAAUUUAGGCUCCCACUCUGACUCGGCUCACCUUUUGUUGAACAAUGUGCUCGUCGGUAGCUCGCAAUUAGCUCGUGCCACGUCGUGCAUCGCGUUGAACACGUUUUCCUGCAACAACACCACUAACCCCUUCAGUACCCUGACACCGCCGCCGCCGAUUCAGCAGAAAAAUCGAUCGAAGCCGCAACUUCUGCAGCUGCCCGGAAAAAUCGAUAAUUUCGAAGAGUUCCGCCUUCAGUGCCUGUCCGACUGUCGUAGUGAUGGAGUGUUGUUUCCCCCGCCAGCAAUUGUUGCGUCGAUGACCGACGAGCAAAAGUUAUCGUUCUGGAAUAAGCUGUCGAACAAGCUGACUUUUAGUCAGCAAGAUAAAACCGUGCAACACCCAAACUUUGGGCAUCGCAAAUCCGACACAUCAAUUUGCCUCGAAAAUCCUAGUUUAAGGUCUACGCACACUCAGAAAAGUGCAAUGGCAAAGCAAAGAGUGAUUAAAAUGCUCAUUGUUGUCGUAAUUAUCUUUUUCUGUUGUUGGACGCCUUCCUACAUCUGGUGGUUGUUAUUGAUCGCGGGAGACUCGUUUCAAAGCCUCAACUUAUCUGUCUGGAACAGCGAUAUCAACACAUUCAUCACUCUUCUUACCUAUAUUUCUUCAUGCACCAAUCCCAUCACAUAUUGCUUCCUGAACAAAAAAUUUAGGAAUGCGGUGUAUGCAACAUUUGGCAGGAAGAAAAAUAUGCGACAUCAUUUUCAGAAGGUCUACAUUCCGGUCAACGGCGGAACUAAUUACACUAACAAAGGAGAGCCGAGACAAAUUAUUAACAGGUCGGUCUCGUCGACAUUCACUCCACAACAUCAAGUCGUUUUUAACGAUAUCUCGAUCGACAGUAGUUCGAGGAAAAAAGAUGGAUCGCACACGUUGAUAUCGAGAACAGUCCACGCGUCUCUGAUCCACCAUAACAAAGUGCGAAAGGACGAGUCUGAUGCAAUAUUCUAAAUGUCUAUUCAAAUUCAAAUUUAUUAUUGAUUUUUGUGCCAUUUCCUAAUCGCCCGGGUAACCCAAGUACUGCUUUUUCUUGCGAAUACUAUAUGACGUCAUGCAUUCUCAAAUAUUCGUGUGUUAACCGGUAUUAUCUUGAUGAUGUGUAGGUCAAAUUUAAAUAAAAAUUCAUAUUC